GCAGAGGACAGUGUUUCAUCACUAACGAGGUCGUGGAGACCAGCAAUGGUACCCAAUGGUCCAUCUCGAACAGAAACCAGUUCUACAGCUCUCAAAAGGAACUUUUCUGCUUCUUUCUGUUCAAGUUCUGGAUCAAAACUGCAGCGGGACAAGAAAAUAGCAACGUCUCUUGCCAUAAUUGUCUGUGUGUUUACCAUUUGCUGGGCCCCAUACUCUUUAUUAAUGAUUAUCCAUGGGUUUUGCCAAGGAAAGUGCAUCCAUAAGUCCCUCUAUGAAGCAACGUUUUGGCUUUUGUGGAUCAAUUCCUCUUUGAAUCCAUUUCUUUACCCUCUCUGCCAUAUGAGGUUUCGAAUGGCUUUUCUGAAAAUAUUAUGUCCCAAAAAGUUUGCAGCAUUGAGAUCUGGUAACACGCCUUCUAUUUAGCAAGGUAAAAGGAAUGUCUUACAGAUAAGGUUCCUCUGUCAUUUAAGUGAUACCUUUUCAUAUGUGUUGUUGGCAUGAAUAGAGAAAAAACCUCUUUGUUUACUAAUGACAUUGUCUAAGAGUGCAGCAGAGUUAUGUAGUUGCCCCAAUAUUGCUAAUUUUCAGGAUCUCAUUUUUGGUUUUGCUGGUAUGAUGCUAGAUUAAUUACCAUCUAGUGGAUUGAAAAGAAUAAUGAGCUUUGCUGAAUGUUCUCUUGCUUUGUGGGUGUGAGGUAUAUUUUUUUCUUUCUUUUUUUUUCUUUCCUUUGUUUAAUAUAUAGAGCUGGCACUGUGAAAGAACUCUGCUCUUGCUAUUUUCAUAGAGAGUCACUGGAGGGAGAUACUUGUUCAUGUAUGCGUUGAAUUAAAAUUUAUGUUCUAUUUAUGAAUCUAAAGCUGUCAGUGAAGAAGUAAUACUACUACAUUUUUCAAAGAUUGUAAAAAUACUCACAGAAGCAGUAUAUUUUCAUAUCAUAAACUAUUAUGAAGACAAGAGAGUGCCCUCUCCUUGUUAGAAUCCCCACAGUGAGCAAUAUGCAAGUGAAUGGAAUGCCUAACCUGCCAUAUCUGUCUUUUUCAGGUUUUAAUGUAGCUCAUACCUGGCAUUGCAGGACAAAGUACAUGUAAGUUAGCAAUUCUGAAUGAUUUUUAGAGAAUGAAAUUUUCCAUGCUAUGAGAAUUUUGAGACUGGUUAUCAAAAGUAUCAGACGCAAAUGGUUGUUAGUUUUUUCACCUAUACCGGUUUUUCACCUGACAUUGGCUGCCCCUUUGGUCAUGCUUAAAUGAUAUUUAGUGCCAGAUUUGUGCACUAUGUGAUUGCCUAAAAGAUAGGCCAGGCUUGGGCACAUGAUCACAUUCCUGUUGAAUUAGCAGAGCAAGCAAUGCUAAGUUCAUACUGGAUUUUUGAUUUUGGCUGGCUAUGCAAGAAUAGACAAUAGCCUAUCCGGUGUAAAGCUUUGCAAGUGCAAAGAUAUUCCAUCAAAAUGUCUGGAACAAAUUUGAUCUGACAGAGUGAUUUUUUAUACUAGAUCAGUGCUUUAUGUCCUGUUACUGUGACAUUAUAUGGAUUUUCUCUGCCACAGAACAAAUAUCAAACUUGAUUUUUUCAAUUAGGGAGCAAGGGCCGUAUUCACUGCUUGAGAAUGAGAUUUACAGAGGUCUGGAAGCUGAUACAGAGAUGUUUUAAGCAGCUCUUAACAAACAAAGCAGUUGAAUGUCCAGUGCUGAAAGGAGUGAGUAAAUGUCUUGGAGGAAGCAAUGGAGCUUGAUUACACCCCAUUCCAUGUGCCAAACUUUCUUACCAUGUGUUGAGUGUUGCAACUCACCCAGAAAGCUUUCAUGGAUGGUAUUCAGCCCAGCCUGUUAAUAGACUUAUCUCAACCUUUUGGAUAACUUUGCCAGACACAACUUCCUUCCCGGACUGACCUGGCCUGGACACCCACCAUGCACAAUUGCACCGCCGAAAUUCCGCACGCUGCUGAGACGCAUAGCGAGACUUGGUCCAGCCAGGCGCCGAGCUCGGAGUUCUCCCUGGGUGUGUUGGCACUGCUGGCUUUCCUCAUGGUGUUGCUGUGUCUGGUGACCAUCCUUGGCAACAUGCUGGUGAUCCUUGCUUUCAUUAUGGACAGGAACCUGAGGCAUCGGAGUAACUAUUUCUUUCUGAAUCUUGCUGUUUCUGACUUUGCAGUGGGUGUGUUCUGCAUGCCCCUCUACAUCCCUUACAGCCUGACAGGGACGUGGCACUUGGGAAGAGGCAUCUGCAAGCUCUGGCUGGUCAUGGACUAUCUCCUCUGCACAGCUUCAGGGUUUAACAUUGUUCUUAUCAGCUAUGACCGUUUCCUGUCAGUCACUAAAGCUGUAUCUUACAGAGCCCAGCAGAGAAUAACAUCCAACCCUACCAUUGAGAUGGUGGCCAUCUGGCUACUUGCUUUCCUCAUGUACGGCCCAGCCAUCCUGUUUUGGGAGCACGUGGCUGGACACAGCGUGGUGCCUGUGGAUCAGUGCUACGCCGAGUUCUUCCACAACUGG